AUGGACGACGUUGCGGAGGAGGCGGUGGGGGCGUGGCCCUCCCCCGCUGCGCGCGCCCCCGACGACCCGGAGUUCGUGGCGCCCAUCCAGAACCUGACGACGCCCGUCGGCCGGGAGGCCGUCUUCGUCUGCUCCGUCAACAACCUCGGCAAGUACAAGGUGGGAUGGCUGCGAGCCGAGGACCAGACGGUGCUGACCCUCCACGACAAGGUGGUGACGCACAACGCGCGCAUCACGUCCACACACGACAACCAGCGCACGUGGCGGCUGCACAUCCGGCACGUCAAGGAGACGGACCGCGGCUGCUACAUGUGCCAGAUCAACACCAGCGUCAUGAAGAAGCAACUCGGCUGCCUCGAUGUUCACGUGCCGCCGGACAUCGUGAACGACGAGACGAGCACCGACCUGGCGGUGCAGGAGGGCGAGAACGCGACGCUGGUGUGCCGCGCCACCGGACACCCGCCGCCGCGCAUCGCCUGGAGGCGCGAGGACGGACAGCCCAUCCUGCUGCGCCGCGGCCCGAGGGACUCCAUCAAGGUGGACACGUACAACGGGAGCACGCUGCCCUUCUGGCGCAUGGACCGCCGCCAGAUGGGCGCCUUCCUGUGCAUCGCCUCCAACGACGUGCCGCCCGCCGUCAGCAAGCGCGUCACGCUCAACGUCAACUUUGCGCCAUCGGUGCGGGUUCCUAACCAGCUGCUGGGAGCGCCUCUGGGGACUGACGUGCAGCUCGAGUGCUUCGUGGAGGCCUUCCCCAACACCAUCAACUACUGGGUCAAGAACCGCGGCGAGAUGUUGCUAGACGGGCCCAAGUAUGCGAUCCGCGAGAGCCGGGCUUCCUACAAGUCCUACAUGUGGCUGGUGAUCCGCAGCUUCAGCCGGUCGGACAUCGGCACGUACAACUGCGUCGCCACCAACUCACUGGGGCGGGCAGAGGGUACCCUCCGACUUUACGAGAUUAAGUUGUAUCCUGGCAUCUCACGAGGGUCACUCGGCAGCCAUGUAUCCAUACCUGGAGGCGUGGCGGAGGCAGCUCGGGACAAGGAUUCGUCUCGAGAUGAGGACAGCGCGGAGCAGUCGGCAGGCACCUCGGGAGCCGUCCAGGUGUCGGGGGCGGCAGCGGGGGCGCUGCUGCUGGCCGUGGCGGCGGCGGCAGUGGUGGUACUCAGCUGACACGGCGGCCUCGGGGACGGCUAAUGUCCGCGGUGGGCAGCGUGCCAACUGGAACUCUCUGCUCCAGCGACUUUGCUCCGCUGUACGAGGAGGUCAAGGCGCUGGCGGCGGAAACACAGUGAAUCCCGAAACUGUACGUGCUUUGGUGGGCACACUGAGAGACUCGAGCAAUUCAUCAGCACUUCGGCUUAUACCUAACCGACUACACUCCAUUCUGCUGUUUUCUGUGUGGUGACGAGUAUUUGUGAGCGUUGUAAACUGUCUUUAAGUGAGAAAAUUGAGCCCUUCCGCAAACAGGAACACGCUUCCUUAGUGAAGCUAAUUUUGACUCCUUUACCUAUUUGCAAUACAUCGAAAAUCUUAAUGUCAGCUCCUAUGGAAACCUUUACCACUGCUACAAUGACAGUUUCAAGUAUGUGUAUGUGUAUGUGUACAUGCAUGACUUUUCAUCCUACUCCUCGUUAACUAAAUGAUACGCAGAAAUUCUAAAUUAUAUAUGGUGAUUGUGCUGCUCCUGUCUUUGGCGUUAUAUGGGAUAGAAUGAAGCAUUUGGUGCGUAUCCACACACACACACACACACACACACACACACACACACACACACACAAAACCUGGAAAACCGCUUGCAACUCAUGGCAAUAAAUAACAAGCGAAACUGCGGCUUAAGUUGUUACGAUAUAACUUUCCAAAAAUAUCUGAAAAGUGUGGGUCAUUAACUACGAAUUAUUUUUAAAUAUUUUACUGUGGUCAAGGGAUAUAUAGUGCCGACUUAAUAUAGCAUCCUGAAGACUCAGUAUUACUGCUUUCUGUGUGUUGCCUCCCCCACGAAACGGUCAACAAUUGGCGAUGAACAGGAGAAUGAGAACCGUCUCAACAGUGCUCUUUUCUGUAAAAUCUUCCUGUAGAUCCCAUUUUCCAUAUUCUGCUUUUAUUACAGGGUAAUUGUAUUCGAGAUAAAAACUUAUAAGAAACGGAUUAACUAGGAAAUUCCUGUUCAGUGUUUGUGCAAUGAAGGUAUGCCAUUCUGUUAAAUUCAUUAGGUAUAGAAUAAUCUCUCCUUAACGGGCUGACAAUAAGUUGAACCAUAGUUCCAAUGAGUAAACUCUGGAAUUUGUGUGAGCUAUGUCGUUACACCUAUGAAGUAUCACUAAACGAAUGAAUAUUCCAAAGCAUUUUUACAAAAUAGUGAUCAGCAGAAGAAAGUGCUAACGGACAAGAGGAUAUUUAGGCUUUCUGUUUACUGUACAUUUGGUUAAAUUCAGAUAUAAGAAGAUAAAUGUUAAGCGACAAAAUAUCUUUUAUAGCAGGCAGUGCUUUCUAUGGUUGCUUGUGUAACUGCUGGAUGCCAUUGUAAAAAAGAGAAAAUAAUUUUUAUACUAGACUCUUCUUUCUAAGGAUACAUAUAACUGCUAACUGGCAAUAAUCGACGCAUUUGGAACCACAGCAGGUAAUAUGAUCAGAGUAAACGUUACUAAAUUAAUGGUCAGCACUUUUUUCUGCAGAUCCCCUUCAAUUACAACCAUCAUCCAUCAAAAACAAAUUCACGAGAUAAAUUACAAGAAAGUGAGAACAAAAUCAGCUGGUUCCCAGGGAGUAAUGGAGACUUACGUACAAACAUGGCUUGGAAUGGAGAAAUGGUUCUCAAAUAUAAUUAAUCAAAUUGCUACUCUACAUGACAUUAAUUGUUUGCGGUAAAGUUUAGCGUGUCGCAUUAUAUCUCCAUUCAGUUCAUUACUUAAGCACCGACAGAACUUACGUUACAGGUGUCAGAAAAUUUGAUUUUAAGAGUAUAGGGAAUUGUAAAUCCAAACAAAUUAGAUUAAGACGCGAUAAAAUUCAGUGCAUUACUCUGGCAUAAGAAAUGUUAAAGAUGAGUAGGAGCGUAACCAAGGCUUCAUUUCAUUGACCUAAUUAUUCAUGAAUAUCAUUUUUCAUUCAGUAUAAAUAUGGAGAUUAUUCACUAAAACUUAUGAAUUUCUGUGAAUAUUGUACAGAGUGAGGAGUAUGCAAACCAACGUUUUGUUGGCAGAUUUAUCUCCCCGCAGUCUGCUCACUGAGUGAGGUGACUCGUGACAUGAUGUACAUCCUAAACAACUGAAAACAUCAAAUCUCUGUCUCCAACUGAAUUACUUUCAUUACAGCUGUAACCGAGUCUGAAAGCUGUGCUUGUUUAGUUUGUCGACUGUCACUAGGUCCUUAUAAUCUGAAGAGUCAGACACAGAAUAUAUCGCAUUGUAUUACCACCAUAAUAUUUUGUUCAAUUUCUUACCAACAGAACCAUCUAUCGUCUCUUGAACCAUUUAUAGCGCAGAGAAUAUUCAGGUAGUGGCAUUCAUUGUUAUCCGCUCCCAUACUUGCUUCGGUAAUUAAAUUAAAUUAAGUACUGGUUCUUAAAUUUAGAUAUCAGUAUUAGGGUCAUUUAAUGGUUUUCAAACAAUUGUAAAUCUAAGAAUGUGUUGUAAUCAGUACCAAAGAUAGCGGAAAUAUUUUUGGCUUACUUGUAGGAAAUAAGAUUCAGACUGUACACGAUAAUCUUUUGUCUGCAAAAGGAUUUAAUUGUCUCUUAAUUUUUCGUUCGUAUUCAGUGCAGUUAUUCGUAUGACACAUUUUGUUGGACUGGUGACUGGCCACGGCUCUGAAAAACCCUAGGUGAAUUGUGGCAAUAGUUGAUACUGGCGUGGGGAUGUGGUACUGUGUGACAUAUUACCUAUAAUGGCAACAAUGAUGAAUGACGACAAAUAGAAGUCCGAAAAUUCUCUUACUCGUGUGAAUCACUUCUUAGGUAAUGUGCAGUGUUUUCAUAGCAAUACACCGUUCAUUUGAUUAUAAUUUGAGCUGCUGCUUCUAUAAAUUUGUUAGGAAGAUACUAAAUUCUUUGCUUGUCUUCUUUCUUCCUAGUUAUUACUGUGGACUUUCCGUCCCUUCAGUUCAAACUACAAAAACCAGAACCUUUUUCUUCUCCUAAUAUUAGCUUUCAUAUGCUCGAUAAAAUCUAAUUUAAUAAAUGUUACAUGUUUGGCAGCUGUGCUUUUUAUACAAUGAGUACCUUAAUACAAACCGUGAUUCAGACGCAAUAGUUACUACAAAAAUUUGAAAACUUUCAAUAUGUCCUUCAAAGAUUCCUUAUGCUCUAAAAGUGGUGUGGAUGACAUAUUACCGAUCGUAAGAAUAGGUCUCUUAAAUCGCAUUAACAUCUUGAGGUUACAGAGAAUCUUAUUAUAAGAAAGAGAAUAAUUUGUGACUUCCUCAUACUAUGAAAAUGCUCAUUAAGCUUUCGUGAAAGAUAUGCCAAUCUACGUUAUGUUCUGACAGCGCCCAGAAGGUGAAAAUACUCAUUAAUCAAAAUGUAAUUUUCUAAUGUGACUGUAUAAAUAUGUAAAUGUGAGCAUAAAAUAAAGUUUGUCUUAUAUAAAGAUCAAAAA